AUGGCGUCCCGCGCCAAACGAACAAAAGUAGGCAGAGCCUGCGAAAGGUGUCGACAUCAGAAGCUAAGAUGCGAUAUUCAGCGCCCUUGCACUCUUUGCAAGCGUGCAGGCAUCGAGUGCCGAACAGGUCCCGUUGACCAGUUCAGACCAUUUCGGAGCUCUGGCGAGGGUGUUCAAGCUAGGCUUCCUCUCCGUCGAAGUACCGCGGCAAGACACGAUGAGCCCGAGGGUACCAGCCACCUUGGUGAUCAGCCUUGGUCUAGCUCAACAAUGUCGUUAGUAUCGGGGGCGUUUGAAUUGCAUAACUCUACCUCGCCAGAUGUGUCUUUGACAACAGCCAUGCCUGGAGGCCAUGAACCUCUCGCAUCACAAACAUCCACCAUGGCUAACUCCGGGCUGGAGCUUAGGACAGGCAGGCCAUAUGCACCAAAGUCGAUAUUCCAAGGUUCACGAGCGGUGACAAUGGAAUUGGUCUCGCUACUACCUUGUCGGGAUACUGCGGCAUUACUGGUUGACACAUACUUUGAUCGAGUGCAUUGGUUCAUGCUUGUCUUUCACCAGGAAGAUUUCAGACAAAAAUGGCAAACUUUGUAUGAACUAUCUGCCGAUGAUCUUGUUGAGACGGCCCCAGACGUUGCUAUGAUCAGCACUCUUCUUUUGGUCAUCGCAAUUGCUGCGCAGUAUGCUGGAGAGUACAGGCAGCAGAUAUUGAAAGCGCGAGAUGUGGACUUGACAUUGUUGAAGGAUAAUAUCCUUACAGUCAUACGGUCCAGGUUACUCGAUAUCGUCUCCAUCGGCUCAAUAGAGUCUGUCCAGACUUGUGUCCUACUGGGAACAUACUAUCUCUAUAAUGGAAGCCCAAAUCUAGCGUGGCCUGUGUGUGGCUGCGGGCUCCGAGUCGCACAAGCACUUGGUUUACAUCGAAAAGUACCCAUAGUCGAGCAUGUGUCCAUCCAGGCAAGACAAAUGAUUGAGACUCGCAAACGCUGCUGGUGGGCUAUCUACGAGAUUGAGACUUUUUGCUCAAUAUCAUAUGGAUAUCCUCAUGGCAUUGUCGAUGCCGAUUGCAGUGUGGGGCUCCUGGAUCCUUCGCCCAUACUUAUUGGGGUAUCGCCUGUCAAUAAUGCGGAGAGACACCGGUGUCCAGAUACUCUGCUUUCUUACAAAUGUUUAAUGUCGAAGUUGUCGAUCUUUCUGAAAGACACUUUGACUGAUCUAUACGGCAUUGGAUCCCGUCAAAGCGACAAUCGUAGGGGACAGACCCUUUCCUUUGAUUUAAAAGAACUACUCCGCAAGAUCCCAUUACUGGAUAGAAGGUUACAACAGUGGAAAGCCGAGCUACCCGAUUCUCUACACCUGGACCGCAGCAACCACACAUAUCAUCUCUCGAGAGAGGACAUGGACCGUGAUGUUGGCGCAUCUGGCCCUGUCUUCGAUAGUCACAUAUUCCAGCUUCAAGCGCUCGCUCUGGCGCUUGCAUACGAAAAUGCUAGAAUUCUUGUCCACCGCCCACUUCUUACAUACCGCACAAAGUUCCACGUCGAUUCCAGAACUAAUGAUAUGGCGGAUGCACUGGCAAACGCAGUUCGUGCCUCCAUGCAGAUCUGCAAAGAGGCUGCAAUGAAUACUGCCAAAAUCGGAGAAUCGCCAAUAUUCAAUCUUGCCGCUGAUACCUAUGCUGCAUCUUUCAUUAGCAUUCACACAUUCACCGCUGGUGUUUUGCUUUGUGUUUUGACUAGCAUUGAGCCCUUGACGUCGGAUUCCCAUCAGCUCAAAGUUGGACUACGCUGGCUGGUGAAUAUGCAGACACAUUUGAAGACAAGAUCACAAUCUCCCCUCUCAGCUCAAGGACUUGAAAUCUUACAGCAGUUGACUCGAUUGGUGAUGGAAAAUGAACUCAGAGCUAUCCUAGGCGCUGGAAAUGACAGUAGUCUUAACUCUCGCGAAACUACUCAUGAUGGAUGUGACGACUUCAGGGACUUGAAUGACAGCCAGUAUCCGCGACCCGUUGGAGUUGCGGAAGCGAAUGAUGCUCCGAGUGUUUCUGGCUCCACUCAUGAAAAUGCAAUUCAACAGGCAUCUACUGACUUUGAUGAAGCCUACCCCGUUCACGGACUCGAUAUGCCCUUGGAGCCUUUCUUCGUCGAUUUUAAUGUCCCGAGUAACGGGUUCACGCAAGAGCAGGCAUGGAUUUGGGGACUCGAAGACCCUGUACAAUUCUAG